CAAACAGUUUUCAGUGGUUGAUCAACCAAUAAUGACGUGUUAAACGGUAGAAUUUUUAUAAAAGAAAACGAAACGUCAAGAGUGUGAAUGUGUUUGUGUUAAAAAUAAAUAUAAUAGUUAAACAUAACAAGAAAUAACAACAAAAAAUAAAAGUAAAUAAAAUAUUAAAUUGUGUUUGAAUGAAAAAUACGAGAAUAAUACAAAAAAUUAACAAGUGCUCAACCACAUUUUAAUAUGAUCUUUAACAAAUAUUCACAAAACAACAAUAAUAGUAAAUAAAAUAAAGAUAUUAACAUAGUAUUAUUAAUUACUGCUUCAUUAUUAUUUGAAAUAUUUCCAAUUAUUUUACUACGCAAUCAAAAUGUGUUAAUUGCAGCAUCUAAUCAAAAUUAUGGUAAAAAUGUCUAAAACUACGAAUAAAUAAAUAUUGUAAAUUAAAAAGUAGUGUGUAAUGAAACAAAUGCAAUAGGAGAAAUGCAAAAAAGCAACAAUUGCAAAAAAGCAAAACCAAAAAUAAGAGAAUUUUAAAAAGUGAAUGAAAAAACGAAAAAAGAAAGUCAGUAUCAAAGUGCAGACAGCAAGAAUACCAUAGUGUUUGUUGGGGUGUAAUUGAGUAGUCUUCGAAUACGAUUCAAAAAUAAAAACAAUUGAUAUAAACAAAUAGUUGUAAUACAAAACAAGUUAAUAAUAAGUGGAUUAUUUAAAUAUUUUUGGAUAUCUGUAGAGAAUAGAAAGAUCAGUUUUAAUUUAGAAACUAAUUAUUCUAAACAAAAUAUGUACAAUAUUUUAUGAAAAUAAAACAAUAAAUGCAUUAGUAGUAAUAUUUUAUACAAUAUGAAUUCGAAUCAAGGGAAAUUUCGACCUACCAUAAGUGCAAUUGAUGAAGUUGAUGACCGGAAUUUAAAGUUGGAUGAUGCAAAACAGCAAAUAGAAGGCAGUGAAACGGCGCCAUUAACGACAAAUCAAUUAAAAUUAAACAUAGAUCAAAAUGUAGGAGUUCCCAAAGAUCUAGAAUCACAAAACGAUCGGCAUGAUAACGAUGUUCAAGCGGAAACACCGAUUUCGGGUGGUCCCGGUUCAGUGAAUGGCUUUAGAGGUCGUAUGUCAUUCGAUGCCUUAAUGAGAUUAUCUCGGAAAAGACGUAUUAUGUAUGUAACCACAGCAUGUCUGUGUGCUGUUCUGCUGAUAAUCAUUAUAAUGAUGAUUGCAUUUUGGCCAGAAGUGCCAUUUUAUCUUAAGGCUGAAUUAUGUUUAGAAAAGGAGUGUGUUCAUUCAAGUCAACAGAUCUUGCUGUGGUCUAAUACUUCUAAGAAUCCUUGUCACGAUACUUAUCAAUGGGCUUGUGGCAAUUUUGACAAAGAAUUUGCUGAAAACGAUUAUUAUGUAAUCAAAAAAGGGGAGUGGAAUUACAAGACUUACAACGAAUAUCAAGAAUUAAACGAAUUAAAUCGUUUUAUAUCAAUGUUGCCUACGUCAUCGGUCUCAUAUUCAGUAGAAUCAAUGGUUACAAGUCUAUAUCGAUCCUGUAGAGAAAUCGAUACUCUAGAUAAAUCACAAUCAGACUUGUUGCUUAAAAAAGCUAUAAAUUCUGUGGAUGGUUGGCAAGCUUUUAGAGAUUUUAAUCGUUUACAAUAUUGGGAAUACAAAAAGGCGUUGGUACAUUUACAGGCGGCUUAUGGAAUAUUUCCAUACUACAAAGUUGCUGUAGAAAAUCGAUUCAAUAAACCUCAUGACUAUAUAAUAACUUUGGACGAAGGAGAAAUUGGUUUACCGGAUCAAUAUUUCUACAAUCGCGAUCAAAAUGAUGAGAUUGUUCGUGCCUACGUUUUGCUACUACGUGAUUUCGCUAUUAAUAUGGGCAUUGUUUCCGGUGAAGCAGACCUAUUUGCAGAUGAAGUAUUCCAUUAUGAGAAACGAAUUGUGAACCAUAUUAAUCUUGUUAGAUCGUCGUCAAAGGAAAGAGUUUUGAAUGAAAUAAAAACAUUAGCUGAAAUGAAAACAAUUGCACCAUCGCUUCCGAUUUUGGAAACAUUACAAGCUCUCUUUCCUCAUACAAAAAUAACCGAGGAAACUGAAAUCUUAGUAAAAGAUGUGGAGUUUUUCCAUCAAAUCUCAACAGUGGUAGCUACAUCAGAUAAAAAACCCAUAAAUAAUUUUAUUAUUUGGUCAAUGGCCCGCCAUUUGCUGCCACAUUUGUCGAAGGAAUAUCGGAAUUUGGUAGAAACAUUUGAUCAUGCAAUAUAUGGACGCACGGCAACGUAUCCCAGAUGGAUGAUUUGUACUAAAAUUGUUAAAGAAUGGUUACCAUUUGCAGUUGAUUUUUUGCAACAAAAUAAAGAACUAGAAAAGUUUACUACCAGAUUGUCAAAUUAUAGAAAAUCAUCUUCCUUUAAUAAAUCCAGUAAUAAUGAUGAAUUCCUUAAACUUAUGUAUUAUAGUUUAAGGAAUCAAUUGAAACAAUCUGUUGAUGAGGCCCGGUGGAUAGAUAAGGAUAUUAAACAUUUCAUAAAUGAAAAGCUUACAACUAUGCGUUUGCAAAUUGGUAUACCAGAAGAGGUACUGACAAAUAAAAGUUACAUUAAAGACUAUUAUAAUGAUCUUUUACUAAACAAUCUAUUCUUUGUGGAACAUUUACAAUCUAUAUGGAGUUUCCGUAAGGCGCGCAUGGAAGAGAAACUUAAGGCCUUAAAUAUUAUUGAUACUAUUAUUUCUGAAAUGUAUACGUACAAUGAAUCGCCAUCUGUGGCCUAUUCCAAUAUGCUGAAUAUGUUGGUUAUAUCGCGGAGUAUAACAACAUCUGCGUACUAUGACUAUCGUUAUCCAGUUGCUGUUAAUUUCGCGCGCAUUGGUUCCGAUAUACUGGAAGUUCUUAUCGAUAGUAUUUCAACGUUUGUCGAACAAUUUAAAUCCGAUAAUACAGAUGCAUUUUUUAGCAGUUUGAAUUUGGCGAAAGUGGAUGUGGGUUGUAUAACAGCUGAUGAAGAAGAUGCCGAUGAUUUGAAAGAACUUUCUGAACAUGCCUUAAAGAGUUUCCACAUUACACUAAGUUCAGCAAAAAUUACCGCAAAAGCUCUUAGUUCUUUUCUUAACGCCAUCGACAGUUCUUCUCCCAUAAUUGGAGCUUCAUUUGAUCAGGAGCAUACAUACGAGAGUUUACGGCUAACGGAACGCUUACGGUUGCCGGGUUUAAGAUCGUUCAAUGAAAACGAACUUUUUACCUUGGCUUAUAUGCAAAAGCAUUGUAGUACUUUAAUAGCCGAUAAAAAGGAUUAUGCUCGCAUCAAACCCCAUGUGGAACAAAAAUUGGCUGAAAGAUACUUAUUUAACGCCACUUGGAAUCACAUUCAGUUUUUACCACUAUCCACUAGCUGUUCGGUUCCAUCUGUAAGAUGUUCAAAUAUACUCUAAUUAAUUAUUAUAACCCUCCACAUGUACUCUAACCCAAAAG